GCAUAAAUCACGGCCUAACAUGACGAUGUUCACGUUGACAUGCCCAAUUAAUUAAUCUCGUCAAUUGCCAAUUGUCGCAUGUCCUACCCUGCAUCUGCACUGAUACUGAUACCAACGGAGAUCGGAUGUUGCGUUCCCCUGUAGCAGCCGGGAUCAUAUCUCGAUACGUCGCCAACGGAGAUCCGAUCCCGUCAACAAUGUCCCAAAACAAAUUUCUCAUUCGUCAGAAAUAGACUGAGAAACUCACCAUGAAUAGUCUGAGGACCAACUUCUCAUUUGCUAUGAUAGUCUGAGCCAUACGUCGUUAUCAUGAGAUGGAAUUCGGCCCAGUUCCCUAGACAACUCCACUAAGAGCCGCUAACGCGACCCCUUUUUAACCUUGAAUCCGUCCGAUCGGGAGGUCCGUAAUCUUGCAUCAGGCCACGCUUUGCGUACCCACACCAACCUUGAUCGCCCCACGGUAUACAUACACGAAAGAGGAUAUCCAAGAGAAGAAACUGCUUCGUAUACGAUGCUCAGAGCGCUGUGGCUGGCUGGCCUGGCCACCGCCUCAAUCACCAUCCAAGUCAACCGCGUCGACCCAUUGCCCUUCACCGCGUCAGGUAUCGCUACAUCAGCUGCAGAUCUAUUCUCGCGGAGCUGUCCAGAAGAAGCCGAGAACACAGCCUCACUGCUCGCAUCAUCAUUUGACGACCUCUCAGAACGAAAUGUAUUCCCCUCGUCGGAUGGCUUUGUGAGGGGUGCUGUUGAGGCGUGGGCUAAGCAUGAGCAUCUCAUCCUACGCCCUGAUGAGAUCUGGUUUGGGGUUCUGGCGCAGAUGAAUGUGUAUAUGAGUACACACUCUGAAGCUCUCCGGCAUUUAUUCGUUGAUCACUCUGGGCGCGAGAAGAUUACAGUGGAAGGGUUUUCGUGGGAUGGUAUCAUCGGUGCGUUCAGGGGGGAGAUACAGAGUAGGGUCAAGACGGGGUGGUUGUUGGAUUGGAUAAAGCCUGGUUUUAGCACCUCGACUGUGCAGGAUGACGUUACGGCUACGGUGUUGAUGAUGGGGCUGAUGCAGCAUUUCUUUGAGUAUGAGGGCAUGAUGGUGUGUGGAAUACCGAGUGUUACGCUUCUGGGGGAGAGGGAGGAUUGGGUUAAGCUGGGAGAGAAGGUUGAGAUGUUGAAGGAGUUUGGGCAAGAGGCGGGGGGUUUUGCGGAGAGGUUGAGGCCAAUUAUGAAGAGGUUUGUUAGUUCCUGGGAUGUUGAUACUGAUGGAGGUGAGGGUGAUGGGGAGAGGAAGUUGUUUUGGGAGCAGAUUGUUAGGGCGAAGAAGAAGUGGUCUUGUGGUGAGGGGGCGAGUGAGUGGGAUGUUUCGGGGUGGAUUACGGGAUUCAUGUACUGGGAUCGGGAUGGGAAGGUUCGGGGUGUUUAUGAGGAUUGGUACGAUGACUGGGACGAGGAUGACGAAGAGUCCGCAGAGAAGGUCGAAGAGGUCAAGAAAGAGGAGGUGAAAACUGAAGAGGUUGAAAUGGGCAUCUUCCCCAACGACUGGUCCCUCACAAUUGACGGCCAAAGCUACAUCCCCAUCACCCUCUCCGACAUCAGCAUCGGCUACGCCAAAGCGCCCCUGACAAUGAAGAACUACCCCUCAGAAGGCGUCGACACCCCAGCGUUUCUCGUAGCAGGCAACGUUGGCGUGGAGAAGAGGAAUACACCGGGGGGAGUCAUGGCACAGCCUGUGAGUGGGUGGUUUGUGUACGCGGGUGUAGAGGCGAAUUAUAGCGCUGGGCCGUGGUUGGGGAGUGGUGAGGAGUUGGGAGGGAUCGCAGGGGGAGUUGUGAGCUGUAAGGCUGCGACGGAGGAUGAUAAGGGCGAGGAGAAUGAGAAGGCUAAGGAGGGACAGAAGGAGGAGGAAGUAAAAGAUUUAUAAAUGUGACAUUAAUGAGAGUAAGAAGAGAAGAAUCAGAAUGGACUAAUACAGGAGUUACGCGGGAAAUACAGGCUUGGGGGCUUUCCAUCCUCGACAGCAGAAGCUAGGCAUGUCGUGCAUUUUCUUUCCGAGAUAGCCCCAGGGUGGAUCACAUCCGUUCAUCUUUUGUUUCCAUGCGUCUUCGUUGAAUUGGUAGUAGUUACCUGAUGCUGGUUAGGAUGUAUUCUGAGACAGUAGAAGGGAGAGCAGGGAUGAACAGGGAUAGGGGAGAGAGAGGGGAGACGUACCAUCUUUGCAGGCGCAGAGACGAGGAAGACAGCAGUUGUUUGGCUUGGGAAUUAUGCUGAUAUCGUUAGUGGAUUGACAUUGAAGUUGCAAGGAUGUUGGAGAUCAGUGUAGUGGUUGGGCUCGAGGCAGAGGUUGCGAGACGACUUGAGUUUGGACUGACGACAUGGCGUAGAUAGGGGGGAGAGACAUACUAGUGAUAGCAACCACUACUAGCCUUCUCAGAAACCGGUUUGAGAACAACCGGCUCAGGAGGGGGAGUAGCAGCCGUGAGUGCGACGAGAGUCAGUGUAGCGAGUGUGAGCUUCAUGUUUCUUACUUUAUGCUGAAAGAUAGGAGGAGAGAGGAGGAUAGGGAGUUCAUAUAAUAAAUCGUUAUGGUUUGGACGGUCUGGGAUCGAUGUGAGAUGAGUUUGGAGAGAGUGUAGUAUUGGGGGAGUGGACGCACGGUUGCUGGAGAUUUGGGAGGUUCUUUGUUUGCUUGCGUUGGACAUCAGGGAAUGGCAUGGGAAUGGGGACCAGGUGCUUUGUCUGUUCUAUUUUGGGAAUAGGAAUACCUGAAAUAGUUCUGAAAGGAUAAAUGUCUUUCACUG